UUACCCAUUCUUUCUCUCCAGAGAUGCUGUCUGUCCCGCUGAGUUACUCCAGCUUUUUGUGUCUAUGUUCGGUUUAAACCAGCAUCUGCCGUUCCUUCCUACACUGCAGUUCCUUCCCCAUCUCACUGAGUUCCUUGCAUCUCCUCCUGCACCGUGGUCCCGUUCGGCCGGCGGACGUGACGGCGAUGGUGGGCCGGGCGUUGUGAUGGUAACCGGCCAGGCGGGGCCUGCAGUGCCAGGGCUGUCAGUUGCUGCCGGCGGCUCGCCGUGUGGGCUCGGGGGCCUCACUCCCUGUCUAAGAUUUUUGCUCCCUGCUGCUGCUGUUCCGGCCCGGUAACACUCCCUUGGCUUGGUCAGGCCUCACUCACCGCUCGGAAGAAUGAACAAGCAAGAGAUGGCGGACGAGGCUCUCUUCCAGCUAUUGCACACCGAGAUGGUUUCCUACGUGUACAAGUGGGCGGAACAGGGAGAGAUGAUGCUGCCUGACCCAUUGAAUUCCUCCAGCACUUUGUGUCUUGCUCAAGAUUCCAGCAUACACAGGUCCUUGUUUUUCAAUGCAGGUUUACUUUCUCUUCUUGCAUCCAGGAUUGACAACUUGCAAUUUUGAUAACCAAAUGGAAAGUGGAAGGUAUGUCACUAAACUGGAAAACAUGGGAUUCAGAGUUGGACAAGGACUAAUAGAGAGGUUUACUAAAGAUACAGCAAGAUUCAAAGAUGAAUUGGAUGUUAUGAAAUUCAUUUGUAAAGACUUCUGGACAAGUGUAUUUAAAAAACAGAUUGAUAAUCUUCGGACCAACCAUCAGGGCAUUUAUGUGCUUCAAGACAACAAGUUCCGCCUCUUGACUCAGAUGUCUGCAGGAAAGCAAUACCUGGAACAUGCACCUAAGUAUUUGGCAUUUACGUGUGGGCUGGUUAGAGGUGCCUUAUCGAACUUGGGAAUUAAAAGUAUUGUGACAGUGGAAGUUACUACAAUGCCAGCAUGCAAAUUCCAAGUAAUGAUCCAAAAGAUGUAGAAGUUAUUUUCACAGGCACCGUUACUGUUGGGAAACAGGAUUAUUUAAACUAGGAAAGUGUUAUCUCAUAUUCUGUAAAACAGCAUUAUGAUGUAUUUUGUUUACAUGUCUUUUUAGCUAUGUAUAUAAGUUUUGACAUUUGACUUUACUAAUAAAUACAUGUCACUAUCAUGCCAACUGGCAGAAUAAAAAAAUCUACUUCAAAUUAGGGCAAAGGAAUUUGACUCCUGGUCAGGUAUUGUAAGUGAUAUUAUGGAUAAAGUGUAGUGCUUUUCUGUUCAACUGAUUACAGGAGCAUUGUAAUUUAAACUCCAAUUUUGAUCGAUAUUUGCUGAAAUUCUGGUUGAAAUGUUGGAAACAUGUAAGUGCUCUGUCUGAGUUCUAGAAGACGCAUGAAUAUUUAAAUGUAAUUGCUGCUUAUGUCCAUAGUACUUUUUGUUUUUGUGACUACUUCAGCAUCAGUUGCAGGUUUAACCGUAAAGACAGCGGGGUAUUUUUCGCAAAAAAAGUGGAAUGGUCUAUAGGUUCAUCUCAUUGUAAGGUGUGUAGAAAGAAAUAUGUGGGUAACAAAUGAAUCCAUGCAACUUGUGCAGAGAGACUAUGUAUUGAGCAUAAUAUGAUUUAUUUGUAGUUUGUUAAUCUAAAACAUGGCCAGUUCCAGUAUUAUUGUAUUUUUCCCAUAAAGAUUUAUAUUCAACAGGAAUUAGAUGUUUAACUGAACUAGGAAGGUUAGAGAAAAGAUCAAAAUUGACCAGAAUAAAUUGAGAUCCAAAAACUGGGUAGUUAAAGGAAAACAUUGGGGUCACCCAUUAUAAUUACUUGUUGCUCAUACCUGCAUUGGAACUUGUGACCAUGCCAGUAAAAUCCUAGCUGAUUUGCGAUCUGAUUCUACGACCAUGUCUUUGUUCUGUCUCCAUUAAUAACUUUUGAUGAACUAAGCUGCCGACUCAAAUACCUGCCCAUUAUCCCUACUGCUUGCUGCCAUUGAGCCAACUACUAAAACCUCACAGCUGUUGGCUGGAGACUUGUACACGACUCGCUGCUGCUGAGCCUGUGCAACCUGAUUACCUUGUUAUACUCUCAUUUUGUAAUGAUUCUAACCUCAGUUUUUUUUUUCACCUUUUAAUUGUUCAUCUUCAAUCCAAAUUUAUAAAAUGUUCUUUGCUUGGAUAAGGAACAGUUAUUUAGGUCACAUUCUACUCUGCCCUUCUUCCCCACUGUUAUUCAUUUAAAAUGCUUUGCAUCAUAGCUUUCCCUUUCCCUUCAUUUCUAAACCAUUAUUAUUCCAUGCUUCUAUUGUUUGUUUUUCACAUUUACAUCAACUUUUACAUAUGACUCUGUUACCCCAUUUACUAGUUUAAAUUCCUUGAGUACUUUUAAUUAUUUUGGCACAGUGGCGCAGCUGGUAGGAGCUGCUGCCUCCCAGUGCCAGAGACCUGAUUCAAUUCUGCGGUCUAUGUGGACUUGCACAUUCUCCCUGUGACCAUAUGGGUUUGCCCAAAGAUAUGUAGAUAUUGAUGGUUAAUUGUUUUCCACCAAUUGCCCCUGGUAUGUAUGGAGUGGAUGACAAUGUAGGAUAAAGGUAGAACUAGUUUGAAUGGGUGAUCGAUGGUUGGCAUGGACGGUGGGCCAAAAGGCCUGUUUCCAUGCUGUAUCUCUGAACAUUCCAGGUAAAGACUAUCCCAACAAUUGCAUGUUGUUGCCAGUGUCCCUUCAAAUUGAAGCCCCUCACAGCUAUAUUCCUGUCUGUUCAUCUCUCUAUAUGUAGGUAAUUAUCUAGAGGUUACUCAUGACGUCUUGUUUUGUUCCAACCAGGAUUCCUUUCCUACGUUUUAAAAAAUGUAGACCAUAGCAUUUGGAUCAUUCUCAAUUUCCAGUACCCUUUCAUGCUAAUUCAAGAUGCACUUCACCCUACUACCAGUUACACAACAUACCAUGUGCCAUUCUGGCUCGAGAUACAAACCAGACACACAAAUGCUGGAACAAUUCAGCAGGUCAGGCAGCAUCUCUGGAGGACAUGUAUAUGUGAUAUUUGGGGGUGGGAAGGUAGCAUGAUUUAGGGAUGCUAAGUUCCUCAAUUACAAAAUCACAUUAUAUUAUUUAUUACUCUCUUUCCCAGCCUUGUUUCAUGCUCCAAAUUGUCAUGGUUGGCAUUCCGUUUAUCCUUGAGUUCGAAUCUAUAUUUAAGUGACAGUAUCUUUUUGGAUCAGAUCAGUAUUACACAUCUUUGUUAUCCAUCUUAUUUAUUAAUGUGAUUGCGUUGUGAUCUUGCACAUAAGGAGCAACAUGGGCCUGGAGCAAACUGGCUACUCUUUACUCUACUUGCACUCUUGUUCUAAUCAUGAGAUUCAAGAACGAGGUAUCUGUGAUGGAAUCAUGGCAUCCUAAAAAAUCUGUGUUUUAGACAUACAACCUGUACUGCCAUAUUUUUGUCUGCGACUACUUUGCAUUUUGAUUGAAAUGAAGCCUGGAAACUGGACAACUCAAUACUGCCUUAAACUUACACAACUUACAUUAAAGGCAAAAUAAACACCCUUCUCUCUCUCCGGCUUUCCAUUUGAAGUUUCUGUUUGCAUACUGAUUUGUAACAAAUAUAAUUGCUGCCCAUCAGCAGAUGAUAAUUUUGUACUACUUUUGCGUUACAAGUGCUCGCUGCUAUGCUGGCAAACAUUGAAUAUCUGGGAAAACCUUUACUAUUGCAGUUAAUUGUCAACCAACUUGCAGGUUUUUUAAAAUCAUAUUGAAAGCAUUUAAGUGGUAAACAACUCCAUUUUGAUCUUUUAGAAUUCCCCACUUUACAACAUUUAUCUCAACUAUGUCCAGGCAAAUGUAUUUCAUGUGUGGGAUUGAAUAAUACUUUAUAAUUUUCCUUCAGUGAGUUCAACUUUAUACAGAAUUCCAUUAUACAUCAGGUAUUUGUUUUGCCUUUGUUCAAUAAACUAUGUUUUUUCCAGCAA